GAUAAUUUGUGUCCAGUGAGCCAAGCAUAAAAAAGUGUCAACUCAACCAGACAGUGAGAACCAAAAUACAAUACCCAAAAGUAAAGAGUCGAGCCAAAGAACAGCAGUCGGAAACUGAGAAAUUACAACUUAUCUGAAAGGAGUGCAUUAUGAACCCAGUCUACAACCCUGCACCGACAGGGGUCCCCUAUGUCAACCCUAAGGGACAUUUAGUAGGAUACCCAGCUGGAUUUCCUGCAGGGUACUCGGCUGGCCCUGCUUACACUCCCAACAUGUACCACCCACCCAACCACCCAGCCUUCCCCACAGGUUACGCUCCGGGCACUUCUUUUAAAAUGACCUGCUUGCCCACCACGGGGGCUGUCCCAACCUACUCCUCAUCACCCAACCUCUAUCCUGCAGCAGCCUUCCCUGUGAGGAGCACCUACCCCCAACAGAACCCCUACACACAGCACCAAGGCACUUACUACACACAGCCUCUGUACGCAGCCCCACCCCAUGUCAUUCAUCACACUACAGUGGUCCAGUCCAAUGGGAUGCCAGCAGCUAUGUAUGCCCCGCCCAUGCAUCACCAGUCCCGCCCACACAACGGCGUAGCCAUGGGGAUGAUAGCAGGGACCACUAUGGCCAUGUCAGCCGACCUCUCCCACCUCCCUCCUUUCUCCAGGAACUUUGUUGACGCACUCCCCGACCCCCCACCAAGCUACAAUGCCCACAUACCGACACCCAGGCGUGCCCACCUACAGCUAUGUUCCCCCCCAGUGGUAAAGUGAUGGCACUGUCAGAAGAUGGUAGAUAUGGAUUCACACUCCAGUUGGUGAUGACGCUCUCCGGUGUCUCUUGUCAGCUGUUCUUCCUUCCUUCUUUCCAUGCAUACUGUGAAUCUGAAGCCCAACUACAAAACAACACCAGGUGUGUUCAGAACAGGAUGAAGAGAAUAUUCCUACUGCUGACUAUUCCUGUUUUGAAUGAUACUAUCCAAGAAUCCUUCACUCACUCUGCUGCAUAUCUUGUGUCUGACGGCUAAGUUGUGUUUUGUGUACUGCCUUGCGAUUUUUAUAGCUAACUCUGUUAAGUGGUGAAAAGGGAGUUUGAAUUUGUUUUGAUGUUGGGAUCCAUAUCGAGUUGAAUGCGUGUGUAUAUACACUGAGUAUAUGAACAUCAGGAACACCUUCAUAAUAUUGAGUUGCACCCCCCUUUGCCCUCAGAAAAGCUUUAAUUCAU